ACCAUCAAUAUCAGCAUUUCAACGGUUCUGGAAAAAGAUGGCGGAGACGUGAAAGCUGUGCCAUUCACUAACAAUGCUGUUACUAGAAGAAUAGACGAAAUGAGUGAAGGUAUUGAAAUACAACUUGUUGAAAAGCUGAAAACAAGAAAAUUCUCAGUGCAAAUGGAUGAAUCAACUUUGAGAGACAGUGAAGCUCUAUUGAUAACUUACGUAAGAUAUAUUGAUUAA